GAUAUAGAAGCGGCAAUAUCAUUCAUAACCUAUAAAUGCUUAGUUCUGCGCCUUGAACCUUAGGGUUUCUGCCUGGAAUGAUAGCUAAACAUUUUCCUUUGAUUCUGUACACUAUCCCUUCUCGCGAUUCUGUUACUUACCACAUUUUAGACGCCGAUCAGAUGCAAAUAUGGGACAAAUAUUUCAGAGGAGCAUGUCCAAAAAAUAACUUAAAUUACACCGAUGAAGCCGAUGCCACGUGCACCAGGAUCAUAGCAAAGGUGUACACAUGCUGAUGAAUGGAAGCGGUGUCCUUGCUAAGGCCAGGAUACAGUUGAGAGCAAAUCGACUGCAAGGUGUGAAGCACAGAAGUCGGACGUACUCCUGACGACACACACACGAGGGACGAACUAUGCUAACUGAAUGCCAGUGUGGCCAUGGGUGUAAUCGGCCAAUAAAAUUAUAUUCUGGGACGUAGUAGUUUGUGGCUCUAGUGUGUGGUUUCCUGAAUAAAGUCGUAUUUUAUUACAUGAAGAAAGGUGUGAGACUCAUUCACUCAAGGAGGUCUCCCUUCAUGUGGCUAUUUCUUGUGUUGCAUGUAUGGGCAUAAAGAGAGAGGUAUAGCAUAGGAAAGGAUCUCCCUAGGGUUUUUUGUCCCGAAAAAAGAAAUGCCUUAAAAACACAGGGCCUCAGAAAGUAGAUAAACAAAAUAACGUAACCCCAUCAAAAGCGGUGCUUCUGGUGUUUACAUGCUUGCAUUAUACCUAGCACGCACGUAAACGCGAGCUGAGGCACAUGUCAUUGGAUUGCAUCCACAUCUUUAUACGUCUUUUUACAAGUUAGCAUGCCUGGUGUUGUGUGUGGCAUUCGGU